UUCGUGUUGUCCAUCAUGCCUGAGCCUGCAAAGUCCGCGCCCGCCCCGAAGAAGGGCUCCAAGAAGGCCGUGACCAAGGCGCAGAAGAAGGACGGCAAGAAGCGCAAGCGCAGCCGCAAGGAGAGCUACUCGGUGUACGUGUACAAGGUGCUGAAGCAGGUGCACCCCGACACGGGCAUCUCGUCCAAGGCCAUGGGCAUCAUGAACUCGUUCGUCAACGACAUCUUCGAGCGCAUCGCGAGCGAGGCGUCGCGCCUGGCGCAUUACAACAAGCGCUCGACCAUCACGUCCCGGGAGAUCCAGACGGCCGUGCGCCUGCUGCUGCCCGGGGAGCUGGCCAAGCACGCCGUGUCCGAGGGCACCAAGGCCGUCACCAAGUACACUAGCGCCAAGUAAACUUUCCAAGCGAGCGUCAACAUCUACCACCAAAGGCUCUUUUAAGAGCCACCAA